GCGGAUCACUUCGGAGACAAGAGAGAGGCGCUCGGCCGAAGCCAACGGAACCAGUGCUGAAACAUGUCGGAGCCGAAAUACCGAGAAUGGAUCCUGGAAACCAUAGACUCCCUGCGCUCGAGAAAAGCCCGACCGGACCUGGAAAGAAUCUCCCGAAUGGUCCGAAGAAGACACGGGUCAGACCCGGACAAAACCAGGGCUGAACUAGAAAAACUGAUACAAGAGCAAACUGUGCUGAAAGUUAGCUACAAAGGGUCCAUUUCGUACAGGAACGCUGCUAAAGUGCAAAGAAAAUGCAGAAAGAGAACGGAGCAAACCACCGGCAGCGGCAGCGGCGAGUCGCUCGGUGAACACGACAAACACAGUUUCAAUAACAACGGCGACAGCGCGCUCAGCCUCACGGACCAAGAAGAGUGCGAGGAUAAGGAGCCCGAGGACCCCGGGGUGAGUCCGUGUCCUGACCCCCUGCCUCAAACCUCGCCCUCCACUCUCGAAAAGGAAGACAAGAUGUUACCCCUGCCUAGCGGAAACAGUUUUAUUAGUUUUGGCGCAACGGGCCACUCCGCCGGGAGCGUGAAAGCAAGUGCAUCGAGAGACAAGCGACCAGUCGCUGAGGCGGGGGCAAGCGGCUCCUCUGCCCACCGCGAUGCUUCAAGUGCGAGCGGACGGGCCGAAGGAGACAAGCCGCUCGCCGCUGGCCACGAGGGCAGAUAUGAGGAUGAGGAUGAUGAGAAAGAAGAGAAAACUUGCUUGAGCGUCAGCAGUCCGCCUCCGAGAAACAAGCUCCCUGCGUCGCCCAAACCCAAACUCAAGGUGGGGGCAAAGGGCGCCGGGCCGCGCUGCUCGGAGUCUCCGGACGAGAACUGCGCUGAUCUGGGCGAUAGACUGGUUGCCGCGGUCCGAAGUCUGUCCGAGAGACACCGGGGCUCCGCCGCAACACGGGGCCACACGCCGCCGGGACCGAAAGAGAUCCUCGGCUUCCUCAGCACGCAGCGAGGGAUGCCCGGGGAGAAGCUGACCCGCAACCGCGUUAAAGUGGUGCUGGAGCGCGAGAUCGAGAGGGGUCGUCUCCGCAGGACCCGCCUGGGCCACAUCACCCUUCCCGCGAGGGGGAUGGGGGCGGCCAAGCCGUCCGCGCGGCUCCUGAAGAGCGCACUGCAGGACAGACAUCUCGCGAAAAAGGAGGUGAAGGAGGAGGAAAGGAUGGAGGUGGAGAGUGAGGAGCAUGGCCCAGAGGAAAACAUAGCGGGCCCAGCGGAGGAUUCUCCCCAGACCUCCACUGAUGGAGGUCCCGCAGGUGUCAAAGCUUGCACUGACCCGACCUCACCUGACACGGAGGUGGAGACCGACUCACUGAGGUCUGAGGGGAAGUCCCAGUCAUCUUCAUCGCUGGAGACGUCAAACCAGAGCUCCUUACAGCAGGAAGCAGAUGUGGGAGGAAGUGAAGAGCAGACACCGUCAGUCGAGCCUGAGGAUGCUGGUGCUGAGAAAAACGCAGAUGCGCCUGAUCAGCUACAUCCCAGCAUUGAGGAUCAGGUGACUGUGAUGUCAGAGACUGUAAAGGCUUCAGUACCUAUAAGAAACUGUAAGUUCUUAGAGCAAAUGUUGGAGAUCGACGGGAAGUCCCUCCUUCUGAUGCAAAGGAAUGAUGUGCUGACAGGCCUGUCAAUCAGACUUGGUCCCGCCCUAAAGAUCUAUGAAAGACACGUGAAGGUUCUGCAGAGGACCCAUUUCCAAGAUGACGAAGCUUUCUGCUGAUACACACACACACACACACACUUAUAUAUAUAUUAGCUACUGUACAUGACAAUGUACACCUGUACAUAUACCUACAAUAUUUACUCGUCCCAGAAAGCGCAUAUUCCUGAAAACAUUCAGUGUGACUGUUCAGGACUUCCUGAACAGAAACAGUUCUUGUUUUCCUCACACACAAAUGUAUAUAUUUUUUCAAUCAGUAAUCCCUCAGCUACUGGAAAGAAAUUUGGCCUGAAAAAAAAAAAAAAAAGAGUAAAAUGAACUGAACUAAGCAGAAGCAUGGAGUGAGUUUAGAACAAAGAAGACUGAAGAUAGUUUCUUUUUUUGGAAAGACUGUGCAGUUAAUGCUGCUCUGAUGGAGACCACUGUUUGGAUUGUGACCGUUGACCCUGAAUUCAUUUCAUCAAGUGGGUUUUUCCUGCAGUACUUAUUCAGUCCAGUAGAGGGAACAGAGAGAGAACGCCAUUUUUUCUUUGUGAUUUCACUGGUUUCAAGUUUGUGACUGAAACCAAACAAAGGCUGGAUGGUUUCCACUGUGCACGAAACGUUUUGUAAAAAAAAAAACUGGUUACAGUUUGAAAGAAGUCAAUUCUGAUUGGAUAUUUGCUCUUGACAUGCUAACUCUUUUGCAAUGACACUGAAACCCUUGUCUUCCCGCAGUGAUGUACGGAAUCCUUUCUUCCUGACAUUCUGAAAUGAACUUCUAAUGUUCCUUCCAGUGUUCUUGCAUCUUGCAAUGUUAUGUCAGAAAAAAAAAAAACACUUUGUACGUUUGUGCAGAUCUCUUCGGCGCAUCUCACAGAGGAUCUCCCUUUAAAGAGACUUUGACUCCUUUAAUCUCGGAUUUGCCAGCCAUGGCAUUGUGGCCCCACGUGUGGAAUAUCACCAUUGAUAACUAAGCAUAAUUUUUAUAAAUAUCAAUCAGUUUUUUAAGGUGAAGUCCAAGUUGCGAAGCAAUGACGAUAUUCCUUCACCAGCAGUUGAAGAAUGUGUCUGAAUGUCCUCAAAUGCACAGAAAGCCCCGAAGCCAUGCGGCUCUUGAACUUUACAGUUUGUGAAAUAUAUAUGUAUCAGUCCAUCAGAUGAAUAUUGUGGGAACUGAGAAAACGAUUUGUGUAAAACAAUCAAAUAAUAAUGGAACAAUUUACAAGAACUGACUUGUGAGAGGAGAGAUGUGGAAAUGGGACGCACUGAAUUGCUAACCUGUCCUUUAACUCCAGUGUAUUUUGCGUCGUUGGACUGAUCGCACAUACAGAUGGAUCCAUCACACUUGUAAAUAGGACUGUUACUGAUUCGGCCACUAAAGGCAGGUUCAUUUCCAUCGUGAAGAAACCCUGAAUGAGUUUAAAUUGCUCAGUGCAAUAGGUCAGCCUGAUUUCAGAUUAGAGUAACCUGUUUUGCCUGACAAUUGUAGCACCUUGAAUUCCUCAAACUCUCUCUAUUUAUUUAUUCCUUUGUAUGUUUGUUUAUAAAAUUGUAUCUUAAUUUUUAUAACGUUAACAACUGUCUAAAAUACGCAGAUGUUCUUUGGUUGAUUUACAGUCUAAAGACCACUUGCAACAAAAAGCUGGAGCUCAGUGCAAUGUUGAUAAUGCCUGCAGUUUCUUUGUUCAUGCCUUUCAUGGUGAACCUCGAUGAAGUAGAAUGUCAACAAACCGUUAAAAGUUUGUUUUCUGUGUUCUCGGCGAGUCUUUGGAAUGAGUACAUCAUUAGAUUGCAAGAAAACAUGUAUCGCAAAGCAAAAGAAAGAACUAAUUUAAGACAAAAAGCUACAAGUGUUGGAGAUUAAAAUGUUCAAGGGUUUGCCAGCAGAGGGUGACAUGUAUGGAAGCAUAUGGGUAGCAAAAUUCAUUUUGAAAUGUAAUAUGC